AGAACAUAUCAGUCGCAGUGAAGUGAAGAGAGAUGUUUCAGAAAACAAACAGUUUCUUCCAAAGAACACUUCACAGUCUCAAGUCCAUCAUUCUCCGAGCAGGUAAGAAACUUCCUAGACCAAAAACUCACUUCUCCUGCACAUUUUGCAGAUCAAAUUCUCUCGAUGGCGACAAUAUAUAUGCAAGUUUCCUCAACAUCUGGGAGUCUGAUCUGGACAACAGAAUUGGAGGUCCAUUCAAGUUGGAGCACAAGGUUCAAGAGCAAGAACAAUAUCAUCAAGUGAAGAAAACAGAAGCUCGCUUUUCGCAUUCAUCAAGAGACUGCGAUACAAUGGAGAAGAAGAUUAACGAGAUGUAUAUGACUGAGACAGGAGAUAUUGAGCAAGCCCUUGACGUUGAAGAGGCACUUCAUUACUAUUCUCGUAUUAGAAGUCCCGUGUAUCUCAACAUCGUUGACAAGUUCUUCACUGAUCUCUACUCUUGACCUAGCCAGAGACUCUGAAGCCAUUACAAUCUUUGUCUUUUCGUAUUCAUCAUCUGUUUGGUUUUUAGUCUGCUUUGUUGUUUAUUUGUUUCAUGUUUUACCAACAUCACUUGAUAGUGACUCCGUUUCUCAGUUCCAACAACUUAUGCU